GGUUAAGCACAUCACGUUCGUUAUUGAGCUACAACCAGUGAGAAGAUGAUGCCACCAGUCCGGCUCCAAACAGGCCUUUUUCUUGUGACGUAUUAUGCGCAGUCAUAAAGCUGUGACCUAAAAUGACGUAACCAUGCAUUCAUUCACUACAUAAACUGUUCAGAUUGAUUUAAUCUGUACAAUAGUUUUCUUCACUCAGGUUGUUGCAGGUAAUCUUUGGCCUUUUGGGGCACCUCCUUCCCAACAUAAAUAUACAUAUAUAGGGAAUAGGGUGCCAUUUGGGAUGCCAUCUUUGUGUGUGUGAGUCAGGAUGUGUUUUGUGUCAAUUAAUUGAUGGAAAUGUUUCCCUCAGAAAGAAAGAUGGAUCGUAAUGAUGAGAGAAUAAAAAGAGCUUUAAGACGCCGCCCUUAUGUGUUGAAACCAGUGAGGGUGAACAGCCCUGAUUCCGUGUUGUGGCCAACCGGCAAGGUGCACAGAAGGCCAAAGCCUUCUACUUCAGUGCAGACCCCUCAGAUCCACAAAAGGCCUCCAAUCAUUGUGAGCUAUGGGCAGGACCAAACAUCUGGGGAUGGAUGGAGCGUCAAUCCAGAGCCUCUCAGCCAGUCUGGAAGGGUGACUCGGCUGAUAGAGAGAAAAAAUGAUGACGUGAUCUCAUCCUCCAGUUCUGAUGACUUUUCCAUCUACUCCUUCACUGACUGUGAAUCGGAGUGUGAUGAUGAGGAUCAUGAAAGGAGGACACCACCUCUGAAAGUUGAGAAUGGAAAGGUGACAAAGCUUGACGUGAGGGAUAUGGACGAGGAUGAUGAUCUGUCUCUCCACUCCUUCGAUGAGUCAGACUUCCUGAGCCCAGGGAAGGUCUCAGGUCCUGUAUCUGUCAAGAAUGGCCUCUCUCCUCUUGUGACCUCAGCACACCGGACCCUGGCUGAAGCCCUACGGGCCCUGCCCUCUGCUGUAGGCUCUCCCUACCCAGUAAAUGUCCCAAGGCCUCUGACUCCUCUCAGCCCUGUCAUUAUCGCUCUGCCCCGAACAGAGAACUUCCCAUACCGCCACAGCCCUCGCCUGGCUCCCAUCACCAACCUGAGCGAGACCGGCAGGAAGCUGCUCCAGGAAAUGGCUGGAGUGGCCCCACAGGAAGGGAAGGUCAAUAAGAAAAAGAAGGGCAAGGCCAAAAAAGUAGUAAAACAAGAGAAGGCCAGUAAGAUACAACAGAUGGGAAAUGUUGGAGAAAGUAAGGAGGAGGACAAGAAAGAGGAAAAGAAGAGUCUGAGGAAGAGGUUUCUUCAGUGGCUGCUGCCCAAACUGAGAUGUUCAAAGAAAUAA